AAUGAUUGUUUGGCGCUUUGAAGCCGACAUUCAUGUGUGAAACUCAAAAAAAUCAAUUCUUUAGUUUAUUUCGUGUUUUUUCUUUAAAGUAGCCAUUGGAUAUUUUUUGCACGGAAAAUUGUGUGCAUAGUUUCAAACUAGUUAAAAUCAUGUCGGUCGCUGCAAACGAUUCAAAAUUAAUACAAUAUAAAAAGGUUUGGCAAAUCGUUUCGGGCAUUCAUUAUGCGACGCCAACACCAACAGUUUUGAACGAAUUGAAAGCCAUUCAAACCGAAUUGCUGAAUGGUGUUAAACGUGAAAAAAAUGAUGUUACAAAAUCGACAAAAAUUGACACAAAUCUAAUGCCAUUGAUCGAUAAACUGAAACAAUAUUUGGAUGUGACACAAGAGAAAGCAUGGAAUAUAUUGCGAUGCUAUUUAAAUAAUGAAUACAGUGAUUCAAUAGAAAAUUUACAAAAUUUCUUAAAAACCGAAACCAACACCGAAAAACUGUUGGAUCGCAUCUGGGACUAUUAUGCACUUGAACGAAUGACAUUGCUGAAAAUUGUGAAGAAUUUAUUGGAACAAGGUCAAUCAAAAGCACAUCCGUAUGCCAAUGAAUACGAAUACAUUCUUCAAGAAAUUGGUCUGGCCAAAUUACGACAUUCAUAUAUUGAACAGCUGAAAGAACUCAUACGAGAGCCAGUUCCAUUCAAAACCACUCAUGCCGAAUUGCUCAACGUACGAAACAAAUUGGUCUCUUGGACCGAACGCAAAUUGCGCGAAACAAACGAAAUCUUACAAAUUAUUUUGCUCAUUGUCAACCGAGAUCAUAUUCAAGUCGAUGAGUUUCGGACUCUUGUUGAGCUAUUUAAACAGCAUGCGUUUGGUAAACAACAACCGUAUUUGGACUUGAAUGGAAAUAAUUUGCACAAAGAUCUUGUCAUCAAAAUUACCUACAGCGAAGUGGUCUUGUUUAUGUCGUGUAUUGAAGAAAAUCAAUUUAUUGAUGGGAACAAUAGACAAAAUGCCUCAAAUAUCGAAAAACUCCGUCAGAUUUCUGCACAUUUGGAUAAAGACAUAGUACUGUUGCAUCAAAGUCCAGAACAUGGUCCAAUUCUAUUAUCGUGGAUGCUGAUGAAUUUCCAAUUAAUUGAAUUGCGUGCAGAAAAUCCUGAAUUUCAGAGAUUCCAACAGUAUGGGACGAAGGCAACCAAACUUGGUGUAUUUGGCUACUUACAAAAGAUGAUAAGCCAUACAAUGUUUCGCGAUCAAAGUUUGGCUGCGCUAAUCGCCUGUCGAACCGUUUACAAUUUAUUGUCGUUCAUGUGUGAGAUUUUCGAUAGUGAUCGUGCGGUUGCACAGCACAAAAACAUCUUUGAUUUACUGUGUGAACUGCUGAAAAAUCCAACAAUUGCCACAACAUUUUAUACAAAUGCCGAAGGUGGUGCACAAUCACUAUUCCGUACGGCCAUCGAAAGUUUUCCCAUUGAUUUUGUAUCACUUUCAAUGAUUGCACAUUCUCUAACGACGACCAAUAAUUCAUCGGCGGCAUUCAUUCGAAAGCAGCUUGAAAAUUUGCCAGCAUACACUGAAUACUAUAAUUCACAACGAACGCUAUUACGACCAAGUGAUUUCAAUGAAAAUGAAUUCAUUUUGAUGCGUGAUUUUAAUCCAUUCAGUCAAAAAAUUCAAUAUGUCAUUCCAGCCGGAACGGUGGCGACGGUAUUUGAUAAACCGGACGGAACUCAAAUAUGUCUGAAGACGUCGGUCAAUUAUUUUGAUGCUUUGCAUCAUGAAAUCAAUGAAUUGCUCACCGAUCUAAUUCGACGCCCAGAAAUCGAUCCAUUGCGUAAGAAUCGCGUUUAUUGGGGUUUGAAAUAUUUGGCAGCCGCAUUGCGUCGAGUAAAUGAUCCAUCGGAAAUUUCCAGCGAAAUGGUUCAUCCAACCGAAAUGGUAUUUGACAUUUUUCUAAAAUUUAAAGAUGUACCAAAUCCACCGGUUGAUUUAUUGGCACAAUGCUUCAACGUUUGCACUGCAUUAGUUCCGAUGCAUCAAAAUGAGAUUUUCAAGCGAGUUAUAAACAUGGACAUCUUACCAUUUUGCUCCACGGAUAAAUUAAAUUUUGAAGAGUACGCAAAUGGUGGCGGAUUUGAUACCGGUUUAGUUGGAUACUAUUUGGUUUCGUACGAAAAAGUAACCGGUCGCUACGAAUUUCUCACAGCAUAUUUGACAUUUUUGAAAGCAUUUGCAACGAAAUCGCAAAUGGACUGCACUGUAUCAUUGGAAUUGCCUGGACUGAUUUUCUUGUUGCGAGAAGUAUUUCCAUACAUUCAAAGUUGGCGCUUUGAAAACGAACUGGAUCGACAACAAAUAUUGGCUCAAAUUCUACAGCAUUUUUGUUAUGUACUGAAAAUAUCUGACGACAGUGGAGCCCGCUUCAUUUUACGCAACACCUGUGUUUACAGCCUUUUGCACUUGGACAGUGGUUUGACCCUUCUAAGAAUUGUGGCCUUGGGAAAUUCCUUCAUCGAAGAAAUAAUGCAAAAUGAGACCAAUUGGAUGACAACCGAACGAACCAGUUUUAAUUUGCUCGUUCAAUUAAGCAUGACCAUUUUAAUGUAUAUUCUUCGUCUUCGAUAUCGUUUAAAUGAGAAACCACCAACAACAAUGUCACCAUUAGAGAAUGUGAUCUAUACACAGCCAAAGCACAUUAUACCGGUUGUGACUGGAUAUAUGCGAAAUAUAUUCAAUCGACGUUUGCCAAUUUUGUCAUGUCGUUUAUUGCGACGUUUUGCCAUCGAAUUUCAGAUGUCAUUGUUUGCCUGUUUGGAUAUGGUGCCAUCACAGAUUAGGACCACAUUUCUCGAACGUUUGGACAAUGAAUUGGAAUGCGAUGAAUUGAAAAUCGGAGUUUUGGAAUUUGUCGAAGCAUGCAUUGAAAAGCAGCCGGGCAUGACGGAGGCAUUUUUCAAAAUAAACUACGAUGAUCGAAAAUCGUCGAGUGAUGUGUCAAAGAAUAAAGAUAUUGGAGAAGGAGUUCUAACCUACAUGGAAGACUAUUUGUGUCUUGUGGGCAAAGAUGCAAACAUCAUUGUGGAUAAUUCGAUCGAUGAAAUAUCGCUGCUGACACAAAUUAUGUCACUAUUCCAUUCGUUGUGGAAAAACAGUAUGCAACAAUUGGUUGAAAAAUUGUUAAGUAAAAAAGAUUUUUGGCCAUCGAUUUUGAAUCCAUUGUUUGGUAAUAUCAAGCCACAGAUUCGCGUUUAUUCGCAGCUAUUUAAUAUGAUUGGCUUGGAAUUGUAUCGAAUUGCCGAACCAAAAAACAUUGACGAAAAUUUGAAAAAGACACUCGAUCGAUUCCUUACCAAGAACAUAUUUGUCAAUUGGGUGGACAAUGUACUUGAUAUUCCGACUGAAAUGGACAUUGUCACCGAUGACACACCUGAUUGGCUUUGUCGUUUGCAAAGUUUUAAGGAUUUAUUUGUCAUCGUUUUACGGCGAAAAGAUCGUCAUGGCAUCGAGGUGCCCAGUGAAAGUUUACAAUAUUUUGCCGAACAAUGUUUGAAACGAUUGUCCGAAAGACUGAAUUAUACCGAUGACAUGCGACCAUUCAUCAUAUUGGCUGAAUUGUAUUUGAGUUUAUUGUUUAGCUACAAGCAUACAUUGAACGCAUCGGUUCUUGAUGCGGCCAACGUUUUGCCAAGCAUCAAUUUGUUGUUGAGUCAAUUGGCCGAUUCAUAUCGUGAAAUGCAUAUUCGGGCAAAAGAAUCAAUUUUGGCAAUAACAUUUCGAUCAAUUGACCUGUUUGCAUUGACAUUAAGCGAAAAUCCAGAUAUUACAAUGCAAUUUGUCGAAUCGGUCAUUAAAAUUUUAUGCUUCGAACUGAUGGAAACGGAAACCGAAUUGAAAGCCAAAUUAAAAGCAUCCGGCGGAAAGUUACAAAGCGAUAAGCGAACAUUAUCAUUCAUCUUAUCGAUAAAUAUAUUCAAAGUGAUUUUGAAAGAUUUCAAUGACAAUUCAAACUUUCGACGCAUCGAGACAUUACUACAAGCUGAACGAGUGUUCAAUCGCAUUUUGAGCUGUCUUCAUGUAACAUUGCCAUUGCAUUGUGCACGAAAAUUGUCAUCGGAAAUGCUCGAUAUAUUGAUUGCAUUUACAAACAGUCGAUUCUCCAUUCAAUUGUUGUAUUGCGAAUUGGACUAUUAUCUGUGGAUGAAAUUGUUACCACCAAAAGAAUUGAUGCAAGCUUCAUAUACCGUACCAGUUACAACAACAACAACAACAACAACGACAACAACAACAUCAAAUCCAACAACCUCAGCCAAUCCAAUCACAUGGCAAUCACACGAAUGGUGGCCAAUUUAUAGCCUUGGUAUUCAAUUGGUACACAAUUUAUUGCAAUGCCAUGGUCAUCUGUUCAUCAAAGAGGUAAUCGCAUUUGUUGGCGUUCAUGAAGAAUUUUUAAUGGAUUCAAUAUUGUUAUCGAAACAUGCACUCAACGAAACACCGAUGCGCCUCAUUAAAAAUGCACUGGAACUUGUUAGCGAACUUGUACCAUAUGAAAAACAAUGGCGUUUGGAGCAUCAACAGAGUAUGAUAAAUUUGAUGCGAUGUGUUCAAGUGCUUUUGGAUCAUGCGGUUUCAUUGUUAUAUCGACCCAAACACUUGAAAAGAUUGAUAAACAAUACGGCCACCUUGAAGGACGUUCAAAAUAGCUCAGACGAUGAUACAUUCGAUGAUGAAGUCAAAGCGAUGAAUGUUUUGAUCGAAAUCGUAACGGUUUGUUCAAAAUGUUUAAUGGCAUUCAGUCCAAGUUUAUUGGAAUUGCUGUCAGAUCCCGAAUUUUUACCAGCCAAAUGGCCACCAUUGAUUGAAAUUCAAUUUAACGCACCGAAACUUAGUGUUGGCUCCACAAUGCCACAACUCACAUUCGGUACGAUUCUGAACGCUGCCAUCAUUUUCACAAAGGCUUUAAAUAUUCAACAGUUUAAAUUUGACGAACAUCCGUUGAACAGCAUUGCCGAAAAGAAAACAAAUUCCACAAAUGAAACGUUAAACAAUAGUACGGUGCCAGUACAACGACGUCGUAGUUAUACAGCAUCAAUAUCGGCCUUGUCCACCGUUUCAGCAACAGCAGCCGCAACAAACGAAUACCUAACCAAUUUGGAUGCAGAACUAUGUUUCACCGCACUUGAAUUUGUGCUAACCCUAUUGGCAUCGCAAAGUUUGCUUGCAUUGAAGGAUGUUAAUUUAUCACAACGUGAAAAACAGUUGAUUAAACGUGAACUUUCCACGGAAUUGUCCGUAUUUUAUGAUUUUGUUAAGAAACGUGUCUUACCAGAAGUGGCACGCGAUGAACCAUUGCGUCGAAAGAAACAUGGCUAUAAACUGUUGGGAUUGACCAAAGAACAAAUCGAAGAGAUUAACCGUCAACCAUCGACCAGUCGAAAAUCAAUCAGUAAUUCAGAUCGAAUGCGAAUUGGUGUUAUGCGAAAAUUGCAUCUUAAUCAAAAAUCACCGAGCACAACAUCACCCAAAUUUGAUAUGACACAACAGUAUAGUCCAAUUGGUUCACCAUCAAGCGGACCACGAUUUGACUUACCAUCAUCGACUCCAGCAACUCAUCGACGAUCAUUAAACACUGUCAUUGACGAUGAACAUGAAGAGAUUCAAUUGUUUUUCGAACCAGAAGAGCCAUCAUUCUGUGAACAGUCCAUCGUACAACUUGUUGAAGAGGAUUACUUACAUUUUCUAUCGAAUUUAUUUGGAUACAUUUGCCACACGGAGAAAAUUAAUUAAGAACUGAAUGAUGACAUUUUAUUGACUUUGUCUAAUAAUCUAAAUAAAUAAAUGGAAAAAAUACCAAAAAAAAACA